AUGACGGCAUCCCUCUUCGGCCCUGGGGGUAGGUAUUCUUACCCCGCACCGAUUUUCAUUGUAAAUCCCCUUGCGGAGGAUAUAAACCCGAGUGGGGGUCUUUUAGCUUACCACCAAAGCUUCGUUGAUGUCGAUGACGGUGGGGAACGCAGAUCUAGAGACGCAGAUGACCAAGCGCCGUGGUCAGCGUUCGGUGGCCCGUCAGCUCGUCAGCGACCGGAUCAGGGGGCGUUUAGAGACUUCGCUCCAUCGUGGUUUACCGUGGUCAUGGGGACGGGCGCUGUGUCUGCCCUCCUUCACAGUUUUCCGUAUGGGCACGAGCCUGUAUUACACGCGUUUGGGGCUGCGUUUCUUCUCUUGAACGUAAUUCUGCUUUUCGUGUUUUUGGGUUUCGCCAUUGUUCGAUAUGUUAGGCAUCCAGAGGUUUUCAAAAUGAUGUUCAUGCAUCCCCUCCAGAGCUUGUAUGUUGGAUGCUUACCAAUGGGGUUUGCUACCAUUAUCAAUGCUCUGCUGAAUGUUCGAGACGACUAUUUUCCGGAGUCUCGAACCUUUGUCUAUGUGCUUUGGGGGCUAUGGUGGUUCGAUAUGGUUGUUUCCGUCCCCGUAUAUUUCCUUAUUCUUUACACAAUGAUUUCUCGUCACGAACAUAGCAUCCCAACACUUAACGCUGUCUGGAUUCUUCCGACCAUCACACUUAUUGUUCCUUCCACGACAGGAGCACUCUUGGCCGAAGCUCUUGUUCCCUAUUCAUCAACUCACGCCCUUAUUGGGGUGUUUGUAUCCGCCUCUUCGCUAGUCCUUGGGCUCGGAAUGGCACUAAUGCUUAUGCCCUUGUACAUCCUACGGCUAAUAACGAUCGGUCUACCCCCCGGUACUAUUAUUGCCACGAAAUUCGUGCCAGUCGGGCCAUGUGGUCAAGGAGGAGCCGCUUUUAUUAUUCUUGGAAAGGUCGGCGCAAAGUUGGCUGAGGAAGGCGCCGCUAAGAACCUUUACCUGCGCGCUCCACAACCACCGGCACUCAUAGGCUUCGUAGCCGGGUACUUUCUCUGGACACUUGGCAUUUGGUGGGUUGUGCUAUCCAUCGUGUCAAUAUACGAAACAUGGCGAGCCAAUCGGCCGAAAUUCGCCGCGGGGUUCUGGGGAAUGGUCUUCCCACUGGGUGUCUAUAGUAUGCUCACGAUAUAUCUGUCCCAAGUUCUCGAUUCAGCUUUCUUCCGCAUCGUCGCUUCCGUGCUUUGCCUUUUCGUUUUUAUGCUUUGGACGACUCUUGCUUUUUUGACCGUUCGUGAUUUGGUAAAGGAUACAGAGGGACUACUCAACAGUUCAUUUGAGCCUCAGAUUGCUCCCACUCAGGAUGGUAAUGUGCUUGCGGACCCAGCUUCUUCCACGGAUACCGUGUGUUAG